GCACAAGUAUGACCAAACCUGCAAGCCCAAGCCAUGCCAUCCAAUCAGUCGAAUUUUAAUCAAUUGAAUUUAUUCUUCCCGACUUCUUAAUCGUUGGGUUUUUCUCCGAGUCAAAUGUUGAAUAUCUACUCUCUCAAUUGUCUCGUAUUCCACUUUAAAGAUCAUAGUUGGGAUCCAGUGCCACUACAAUCUAUCCAAAUUGUUUGAUAUUUGGCAGUUACCGAUAAAUGACUCAAAAAAAGGAUUGGACAUUAGAAAAGAAACAGCGCCGUUUACGAGUCUAGUUUUUGGCCUUAAAUUCACAUUAUUAUUAGUUGUUGUCAACUUAUAUUAUUACAACAUAUUUAACCACGAUCUAAUUUCAAUGUAUAUUCCGAUUGUUUCUGCCUUAUAAACCAAAUAUAAAAGACAAUUGGUUACAUUUCUUCUUGUAUUCCCAGAUUACUGUACUGAGUUAUUAGAUUUUUCGACGAAAUUUACGCUCAUUACCGACUAGAGGACCCACUACAUGCCGAAGAAACUCGGGACAUGUCCGAAAUCAUUGGAGGCUCGAGAAAGACGAGCCGAAAAGAAGCGAGAAGAGCGAGAAAUCACACUAAAAAAGGCUGAGGAUGAGUAUUGGAGAGAUGAUGACAAACAUUUGAAUAAGAAACAACAACGGAAAGAAGAGAAAGACUCAAAGCGUCUGGAGCUAAUAGAGAGAAAAAAGGAAAAAGAAAGGCUAUAUAAUGAUGAAAUCGCUGGUUUCAAGUCAUCUAAAUCCACAGUCACUAAAGAACAACCGUCAAAGCUUACACAAGCGCAAAUUGCUGAAGCCCAAAAGAAACUAGAGGCUCAGCUAUCAGCUUUAAACCAAACUACUCAGAAAUCUGAACCUGCGGAAUUGACUCCUAACCCAAACCGAACUGAGAAAGAUGGUUUAGAAGCUCGUACCGUUGAAGAAGCUAUCACCAUACUAAGUUUUAACGGUGAUGGUGAUCGACAUCCAGAGAAACGUUUAAAAGCUGCUUAUCAGGCAUUUGAAGAGCGUUUGAUGCCGCAGCUGAAAGCUGAAAACCCAAACAUGCGACACUCACAGCUUAAACAGUUAAUAUUUAAAAUGUUUCAGACAUCACCAGAAAACCCUAAAAACCAACAUAAUUCAUGUUACAAUUCCAAAUAAGUUGAUGCAUAAAACUGCACUAUUCUUUUUCUUAAAAUAGUUAUUUCGAGUUUGAGACCACUACUGAAGAGUUACUUUAAUAUGUCAACCCAGAAUUACUUUACGACUUAUCAUGUACUUAAAUUAUUAUUAGGGCCGGUUAGUUUGCAUAUGUUUGUAUCUGUACUUUUAAGCUUGUGCAACUUGAAUCUGUCAGUGUUCGGGUUUUUUUUUAUUGAAAUUCGAUAAACAAAUGAGAAUAAGCAUAUAUACAUUUAGUGGCUUUGUGUUAUGUCUCACGUGGCAGCAACUAAAUUAGGGAAAGCGAAAUAAACCUUAAUUUAUGGUCAAAUAAGCACAUGAUAUAGUUUUAGUGAGAAACUAUAACCAGUGGAGUUUAACCAUAUGAAGCGGGAGGCAGUUACCCACUAAUAGUAUUGGACGAUGGUUGGGAAGUAUGGAGAAUCGAUUAAAUUUGGAAAUGUUAACUAUCAAAUGCCGACGGAAUAAUGUAAAGGCUGAGUUAUAACUAUGCGACCUGAAGCCUUUGGGUUUGAUCUAUGGUGGGUUUGUAAAUGCACAUUUUUAAGGAGUCCCGUAGUAAAACUAAAUAUCUAUCUGGUGCUUCUUAGUUUUCAAUGGUUGUCUAAAUGUAAUCAAUCUGUGGUAUAAACCAUAUAACAGAAAAGCAUUAAGUUACUGUUAGUUUGAGCUUAUUAAAAAUAGUAGGGGUCCUGAUUGUAAUCUGAAAGAUGAGGAAUAUUUAUUUUAUCGAUAACGCAUGCUAAUUUAGCUCGUAAAUAACUGGUUUCAUAUUUGGUUUGGUUUACUUUAUUAUUUCUUAGAGUUCACUUUUUGACUUAUUGUAAUAGACUGAGUCAAUACUUUGUCAGUGGUAGUUAGGUAGAUUGAAAAAUGUCCGAAGAAAUUCCAACAGCUUGGAUUUUUAUCUUUGGCUAGGGAUAGUUCAGUUGGAGAUGGUAUUUCUCAGGAAAAAGAUAUCACUUGACAGUUUUUAGUUAUAACAACCAUACUUAGAGGGUUCAAGAAGUAAUGAUGUCAGUGAUUGUGUAAAUUACUUCAGACAUAGAGGAUCUUUGAACGCUUAAAACCUCACUGAAGUACCGAUCGUUCCAAAAAUUAGGCCUUGUCGUCUACUUAUCCAUUGAUAAUUGGACUAUCUAUAUAGUUCUAUACAAAUGUAUUAUUUCCAUCAGACUUUAAGAUCUGUUUUUUAUCCCACUAGGUGGAAUUUUUGACCCAAUCUGCAAUGUUAGAUUACAAAGGUUAUUAAAACUUCUUUAGUAACUAAUGCAUGUAUAGGUACAGGUGCAUUCGCCAAUCUUAAGUUAUUUAAGUAAAUUAUGUAAAUAAUAGAAAUUAGUGGUAUCCUUGAUAUCUUUUUGCUAUAUGAAUCAUAAUCCUUGAGAAUGUUGGUUUCAAAUGUUAUGCAAUACAAUGAAGAGGCCGUCUGGUUGUUAUCUAAACAUUUAUUGUCUAAUAUUAAAUCUGUUAUCAAUUUGAUUCAUGAAAACUGUUGUCUGCAAAUACAUGAUGUUAUCUAAUUUGAUAAUGGUCAAUAUUUGCUUACUGAGAACAUAUCAAACGCCGCACAUAUCCCUUAAUUGUGCCUAAUAGUGUUAUAAUCAUUGAGAUUUAACAUGGAAUUAUUCGCGGAAGUUAUUUAAAGGAAUCAAGUAUAUUGAUUUCGAAGUGGUGUUUUUUUCUUCAAACGAAUGCUUAUUACUU